CAACUUUGGGCAACUGAAAAAUUUUGGCUGAAAACUGAAAUAUUUUUGGCUAAAAACUUAAAUGUUUUUGGCCAAAAAUUUUCAGGUUUGUGGUUUCUAUUUUUUGAAACAGGUGCUUUCCACUAAAACGUUAGCAUCAUUGAAAAUGCAGCUGUACAUUCUCUAUCUUGGUUAGAAACUCCCACCCCAAAUAAUUUUAUUGUCUCUUCUAUGAGUCUUUUACGUUGCAAAGAUUCAAUGCACAAAGGAACCUGUCUCAACAGAGACAUAAAAUUACUUAAAUACUCUUAGCCAUCAAGGCAUGGUUUCUUCAGAGUUAUCAAACACGCUAAUCUCUCAGCUACUAGUACAUUUUUAAAACGAUUAUCUUAGAAUUUUUUUAAAAAUGUAAUUGUUUUCCCUAUGUUAUUGAUUUUUACCCAGGCACAUCAGUGCAUUUCUUUACCUUGAUCCCACGGCUCCACUGUCUUGCGCCUUUGUGUUGUCAUUUACAUGAGGGCAAUGUGAGUACCGACUGAGUAUGAAAACACUCCAGCUAGUGGAAUGAGUCGAUAAUACUGGGAUGAAGUCAUUUUGCACUCACCUUGCAUUGGUGUAAAUGACUGCUCAGGGUAUAUGAGAGCGUGGCAUCAGCUUCCCUGAGUGUUAUUCCUCUCCCCAUGGCACUGCAUUACUUUAAGGAAUAAUAUUAAGAAUUAUAAUGUAUAGCUUUUCAAAGGAACCUAAGGAUGUUAUGUACCCAAUUCCCAUUGAAUUUCAGCUAUUUCUAUGCCUGAAAAAUAUCCUCAUCACCUGCUAGAAACUGUGUUAGACAGAGGAAUGCUCCCCUCAUGUUAUAGGACAGAGAGAUCCAGACUGACAUUCUCAGCACUAGGCACUGAUUUUAAGUGCCUCAGGUUUUGGGUGCUGAAUUUGGGACACCUUGGGCUCGAUUCGCUGAGGGUCUCAGGCACCUAGGAGACCACUGGGAUUCCAAAAGCUUGGUUUUGGCACCCAGGCACCCCAUGCAAUGAGUGGAGAGAGAUAGGCCCCUAAGAAUGAGAUUCACAAAAGCAGGCCUGCUAUGUGUCUGCUUGCCUAAGCUAGCCAAUGAGAGAUGCCAAGGAGAGGGGUGGUUCCCUAAGCCCCACCCCUCACAGUGUUGAGCACUUACAUUUGGGCUGCAGGGAGGCACCUAUGUCUGCUUGGGAGUCUCAGCUGUGAGCCCUCUCUUGCAGUCAGGGGCCAACCCCAUUUUUGCAGGAGGAGGGUCUUGUUCAUAGCUAUUAGCCCAGUAGUUAGGAUACUCACCACAGAUGCAGGAGACCCAGUGCCUAAUUUGUGCUGAGCCCCUGCACCUCUAGGCUUGACAGUUCAAAGCCCCAGCACCUCUAGGUUUGCUGAAUUGGUUAUGAAUGUAAAAAAAUUGAUUGACCCCCAGCACCUAAUUUCUUGAGCCAUGGCCCCUCUUUCAUUAGAAAUUGCACUGAGGAGACCCCUGGUUCAAGUUACCCCUCCAACUCAGGAGGAGAAGGGAUUUUGAAUAGGGAUCUGCUGCCUCAGCUGAGUGCCCUUACCCCUGGACUAUGGGAUAUCCCCAAUUUCCCCUGUUGAAGCUGUUCCAGCUGUUGAAUCUGGUUAAAUAAAUAACCAGGGGGUCUCCCAUAACCCAGGAGAGCACCUUAACCACUGGGCUGAGAGCUAUGAGGGAGGUCUUCUUCCUCCUCCCAGCCCAGCUGUUUCUUGUAGAGUUAUGUGAGCUCCAAGUACGCUUACAGAUCUGGCCUCACAGGCAAGCUAGGCGGAGGAACGCUUGCCAUUCCCUGAUUCAUGCAUAGCUCUGGGGCUCAAGUGUCCAGACACCUAGAGGGAGGCAGCAGUGUGCAUGCUCAGAGGAAGAAACACAGGUGCCUAGGGAGCUGUUACUGCUGCAAAAAUAUAAGUGCCUAGCAAGUUCAAAUGCCUAUGGGGUUCAGGAGCAGCUGAGUGUGCUGGGGGGUUGUGAAUUCCAGCUGGGUCUGAUUCUGGGAUUUUGGCACCUAAACUGGCAAUUAGGUGUUUGUCCCUUCGUGAAUCUCAUGCCUUGAGUCUGAUUUUCUAACUCCAGUCAAUAGGAGUUGGGGUUUUUAAUCCCACUGAACAUCAACUACCUGGGGUCUUACAUUGGGCGUCCAAAAAUGGGAGCACCUAGAAUCAGCGGCCACUAUUGAAAAUGUUUGUCAAGUAUUAUGCAUGUAUAUAUUGCAGGAUUCUCCUAGAUAAACCAGUGAAUGAAUGAUCUUAUUAUCUCUGCAGUUGGAAAACUACAGGGUGACAUGGCUAAUGAGAACCACACAGUUGUGACACAGUUCCUCUUCAUAUCUUUCUCUGAAUUCUUGGAGGUGCGGGUCUCUCUUUUCUUCUUAGUGCUGGUUUUGUACCUCAUCACCUUGAUGGGCAACAUUGUCAUCAUCACAAUCACAGUGCUGGACCCUGCCCUAUGCUCCCCCAUGUAUUUCUUCCUCCGGAACUUGUCCUUUCUGGAAAUUGGUUACACUUCAUCGACCAUCCCCAAGAUGCUGGAGAACUUCCUCUCCGAGGAUAAGAGCAUCUCAUUCCUAGGCUGUGCCACACAGAUGUAUUUCUUUUCCUUUCUGGGAAUCAUGGAGUGUUGCCUACUGGCCGCCUUGGCAUAUGACCGUUAUGUGGCCAUAUGUCACCCUCUGCGUUAUACGACCAUGAUGAGCAGAGGUGUGUGUCUCCAGCUCUUAGCUGUAUCCUGGCUCAUUGGGGUACUGGUGGCAUUAGGACAGACAACUUUCAUAUUCACUCUGCCCUACUGUGGGCCCAAUAAGAUCAACCACUUCUUCUGUGACCUGCCCCCGCUGCUGAAGCUGGCCUGUGCAGAUACUUACAAGAAUGAAGUAGCUGUUUACACCAUCACUGUCAUCUUCAUCAUGGUCCCCUUCCUACUCAUCCUUGUGUCCUAUGUCCGCAUCCUCUACACUAUCUUCAAGAUACCAUCAGCUGCAGGCAGGAGCAAAACUUUCUCCACCUGCUCCUCCCACCUCAUUGUGGUCACUUUGUUUUAUGGAACUGGCAUCGUGACGUAUCUGAGACCCAAAUCUACGUAUUCACGUGACACUGACAAACUGCUUUCCCUGUUCUACACAGUGGUGUGCCCAGUGCUGAACCCUUUGAUCUAUAGCCUGAGGAAUAAAGAGGUGAAGAAAGCCUUAAGAAGGGUGAUGGCCAGAAAAAUAUUUAUUAGAAACUUGUAAAAAAAAAUGAAAACCUAUUCUUGUGAUGGAUUUGGAGCUGCCUUAACAAUAUUC